GGGUAUAGGAAGUGCUGGGCAUACAAGUAGGGUCCUCUCUUUGUACAAGCUCUGCUGUAGUUGCUUUCCAGUGUUUUAGUUUGAGUCAGUCGGUCACAAGUCAUCCAAUCCAAAGUCAUAUCACACAAGCUGGCAAAGGCAAGCCUGGGUGCCUACGUGAGUCGGCAGGAUGGCGUCCAAGUCUGCAAGCAAGGAGCAGGGUGCUGCUCCCAGGCAGAAGAUGGCAUUUGUCACCGCAUUCAACUUGGUCAAGAAGCAGGCCCCAGGCACGAAAGGCAGCAGUAGAACUCAUGAAGAGAUUGAAGAUGUGCCUCAAGAACUGAAGAAACUGGAUCUGCACUUGCCUCCACCAAAGGAACUAAAAACAAUAGCUGAUUUUCCGUGCAUGACAGGCACAGCUUCCUGCCAGUUCCCAAUCCCAGCUUUCAUCAAAACCGACUUCAGCGUCAAUACCAAGCACGGCGGCGGCACGGCCCUGGUGCUCAUCACAAGUCUCUACGACCUCAACUAUCACACAUUCACCUCAGAGCUCUGUCUAAUCCGCUGCGGCUUCGAUGGCAACCAUUGCGGUUACACCCCCCUCGCUAAGGGAGGUAACCACACCGUCUACCGGUACAUCCGCAUGCACACUGAUGCCGAGGGCAACCUGUCACCCUGUGUACGCUUUGGUUUCUCCAGGGCUACCAUCAUCUCAAAUGUAGCUGAGAUGGGUCACGGCGGGAGUGCUCAAGUCUUUACUGGACCCAAGGCGGAGGUCGGUGCCAGUACAGCUGUCUUCAAAUCCGGCAUCUCUGUCACCCGUCAUGAGAAGUAUGGUAAAGCCUUGUUGGUUCUGUGUAGUGCUUCUGGAAAGGAAGGCACCCAUCCCUGCAAUGCUUACUUUGUUGCUUUCGGGUACAAGCCAAGCGAAAUGGUCGUUCGGGCAAUCGCCGGUGAGGGUUGUGAUGAUGUCUGGAAGUUUGGUUCCAGUGGGGAACCGGAAAUCGAGCCAGGUUCCUCGGAUGAGGCAGAGGAGUAUGAGUUUACUGAUGAAGAUGAGGAGAUAAAGACAAAGCCUGGAUCAGAUGCAGAGCUUGAGAUUACUGGCCCAUCAGAGAGUCACUAUAGCAUCUGGCGCUCGGAUGUCAACGCCGAUGUUGGUAAUCAGGCGAAAGUUGUCCAUACUCAGGCUUUCCGUGGAUCAACCCCUACAAUUCUUGUCGAGGAUUUUUCCAAGUAUGUUGGCCAUGCACUACUCGUCAUGUGCUCUUGUAGUCUAGGUGAUAACGACAUGACGUCUUCUGCUCUGUACAUGGUCACCAUCCAGAGUUGGGGGAUUAAGAGUUCAUUUGCCUCAGGAAGUUCGGGGUUGUCUAACGGAGGUGACGAUUGGGUGAUCUCAGAUGACAACAAGAAGCUUGUUAUCGUUGGUCCGGAUGCUCCCUGCCGCUACAGUUUCAUGUCGACCAUUCCGGAAGAUUCCCCAAGCCCGCAGAAGAGAUGCUUUCAAGAUUCCUGUUUAGCUACCGGCCGGGAGAACAAGUACCGGGGAGCGGUGUACGUCAAUGGCACAAGCAUCACCGGAUGGGUUUCCAGAAUGUCAGCGGUCAAGAUUAUGCUGAACGGCCAGACUAUUGAACUGGUGAAAGCCAGCCAGCUGUUGGAACAGCCUGACGGCCGACUGGGAUUCCAGAGGGAGUUGAGCGAGGAUGAGAACAGCCUCGGCUUGAAGCUGCUGCAAGUGUUUGGAGUGACCACAGAUAUUAAUAAUGAACCAGUCAGCGUGGAGCUGGAGGGGUCACCCCAUCGCAUCGUCAACCAACCACCAGGGCUCCUGUUUGCUGUCAACCUGGGAGGACCCAUGUAUGAGGCUCUCAACAAAGUGGUUUUCUACGGAACGGAGAUAACGUUCAAGGCAGCAGAGCAAGAUGGCAUGCAGUGUCUGAGAAAGUUUGCCUGCCUAAUCAGCCCCGACGACAAUCUGUACAACAUGAUGACCAACACCAACGAUGGGUUUCUCUAUGGCACAUGCAACGAAAGCCAUCCUGAAUUUGCAGACAAGAUGACGUACAAGAUUCCGGUGACAAAAUCAGGAAAGUUGACGCUUCAACUUCACAGUGUGAGCAACUACAUGAAAGAGCACUGCAUCGAGAUCAACAAAAAAUCUGAUAUAUCUGAUGAGGUGACUCGGCGGUUGGACCAGAUUCCUGAGGUCGUCCCAGGCUACACAGCUAAGGUGGUGUCCAUCCCGUUUGAAAGCUCCGGGAAUAAAGUCAAGCUCAACUUUGAUAAUUAUAAGAGCAAAUGUUUGUUAUCAGCCAUCGUGGUUCAUGAUGACACAUACAAGGAGCCAAUACAAAGCCGUGACGAGAAGAAACAGGAAAGAGAAGUCAAACAGAAGUUGGCAGACACGCUAGUGGCCUUGGAUCGUUCCUUCAGCAUGAAGCAGAUGAAGAUAGCUGGCUGGUCAUCCAACCUUCUCUCCAACCCUUCAGGAGAGAGAGGUGACAUGAGCCAUUGGAACUUCUCUGGGGACUGGAAGCUUUCUGAAGGCGGCAAUCAAACAGAGACAAUGUUUGUGGCCUCUUACAUGCGAUGCGUCAAGUAUCAAGAAGUAGAGCUGGUCCAACACUUCUCAGAGAAACAUCUGGACUCCAGCCCAGAAAUUCAGGUGUCGGAGUCUUUUCGUGAAGGUUGCGAUCAAGGUGGUUUCUACUGGCUGACUGCCACCCUGCUCGGUCAAGACGGCACAGUGAUUGAGCAACAGACCACCGGUCAGCAGGACACCAUCAACACCAGGUCAGGGGGAUGGAUACCGGUCUGCUUCACCUUCAAGAACUACGGCCCCGGAGUCCGCAGUGUCGGCAUCGAGACUGUCGCCAAAGAUAUGAAGAUGUGGGCGGGUCACUUUGGGCCCUACGUUUCCGCGGCCUGCAUCCGCGUCAAGAGCGAAGUGACUGCAGCCGCCGGAGACAACUACGACGAUAUCCCGUUACACACUGGAGCUAGCUUCACUAAGGACCUGGAUGCCAUGGUGCGUGGCCUGUAUGCGAGGCAUAAAGACGAACUAGCUGAGAUGCAGAACACUUUGGAAGAGACAGAAGUCCAGCGUGGUGCUGAGCAGGACGAAGCUAAGACCCCCACCCAGGCCACACCGCGACCCAAACCCAGUCAUCAGCGCAUCAAGCGUAAGAAGCGAGAGAUCCGUGUCUUUGUCUCCAGCACCUUCAGGGAUUUCACAGAGGAGAGGGAGGUGCUGAUCAAGAAAGCGUUCCGUGAGUUGAACAGGAUUUGUCUGGACCGGGGGGUGUUCUUUACCUACGUGGAUCUACGCUGGGGUAUCACAGCGGGGCAGACCAACGACGGGAAAACAAUCUCCAUUUGCCUGAGAGAGAUUGAGAAGUGCCGGCCGUACUUCAUCUGUCUGAUGGGCGAUCGCUUCGGCUGGAGCCAGAGACAGACGCGCCCAGACAAACUACUCAACAAGAGCUAUGACUAUGCCAUCGAGAACUUCAAACCCUUGGAGUGGAUUGAUCAGUAUCGCUUUGAAUCUAGCGUCACCAAACUUGAGAUCAUGCAUGCUGCUCUGAAAGAUAAAGCACUGAACCAAGGCCGCACCUUCUUCUAUCUGCGAGAGCCUCGUAUUAAGAGGGAAGAUCUUGAACCAGACGAAGACGAGGAUGAGCUACAGGCCGGAGUGGACGGAGCAAAGUCUGCUGCUGAACAAAAAGAUGCCAGCAAGAAGAAGAAGACAAAGUCGAUGGGAGAGACACAGUGGCAUUUUGAUCGUCAGUAUCAACUCAGGAAGUCGGUGGAGACAUCUGGAAUGCCUCUACGUCGAUACUCCACGGCUGACGAAGGAUGCACACUCAUCCAGGAUGACCUAAUGUGGUGCAUAGACCAAGACUUCCCCCCAGGCACGGAGCUGACCGCCUUACAGCGUGAGCACGAGGCUCACCAGGCCUUCGCCGAGCCGCGUCGUCGCAUCUACAUUGGCGGCUUGGAGUACAUCAAACAAAUCAACGAGUUUGUUCUCAAGGUCGGCCGACAAACUGACCAGGAGGAGUCUGCCAACGUGCCUCUGAUCAUUCUUGGGGAGUCAGGAUCGGGCAAGUCGGCCCUCGUUGCUAACUGGUCCCACCAGUAUCAAGAGGCUAACCCUGAUGCGUUUCUCUUCAUGCAUUUCAUUGGGAGUUCGUCGGAGAGCGCUUCUCAUCUGAAUCUUCUACGCCGGUUGUACGAAGAGAUCAAGCAGUUCUUUGGUUUUGAGAUGACCGUCCCUUCAUCUCAUCGUAAUCUUGUCUUGGAACUGUCGACCUGGCUUCAGAUGGCUGCCAAGCAAGCUAAAGUAGUGCUGGUACUGGAUGCCUUGAACCAACUAGACACUGGCACUGGAGCAGGUGAUGAGCAAGAUUUGAAGUGGAUACCUAAGGAGUUGCCAAGCAACGUGUGUAUGAUUUUAUCAACUCUACCAGGGAGGGCCAUGGAUGCCGUCACUGCGGCCGGUUGGCCCUCAAUGAGAGUCAAUCCCCUCAACGUCAAUGAGAAAUCAGACAUUGUGACUGGCUACAUGAAUCUGUAUGGCAAGACAUUGAAUGAGGAGCAACGAUCCAUGAUCAUUGAUGCUAAGCAGACGGAUAAUCCUCUCUACCUGAAAGCUCUGCUUGAUGAGGUGCGUAUGUAUGGGAACUUCUUCCAGCUGACCACGGCCAUCAAGGAAUACUUGGCAGCCAGCAAUCCGGGCGAGCUCUUUGUGAAAAUCCUGGACCGAAUGGAGAAGGACUUUGAACAAAGCAUUGUCGAGAGCCCUGGCCUGGUACGAAAUGCGACUACUGCCCUCUGGUGUUCACAUCGUGGUUUGAGUGAACAGGAACUGCUACAAUUUCUCAAGUAUACAAAUAUUCCUCUCAUAUCCUCAUUUUUAUGCAAGGUACCGGGCAAAGUUUGGUCCCCCUUCUAUCUAUCCCUGGAGGAGAAUCUCGUCAACCGCAACGGCAUCCUCAACUUCUUCCACGAUCAUCUCCGUCAGGCCGUGGAACGCAAGUACCUGUCCACCCCUGAGCUGAAACAAGAAGCGUUCCUCACACUGGCCAACUGGUUCAACACUCAGGAUAUCGAUGAGAGAUAUGUUGAAGAGGUGCCCUACUGCCUGUCACAGGCCAAGGAGUUCAAACGUCUUAGAGCUACCAUCCUUAACGUGGCUGUCUUUGAGCGUCUCAUGAGCACGGAGGAAGGCAAGUUUGAGCUCAUCAAGUCCUGGCAACUGCUUGGAGGUUAUGAGGAGGUAGAGGAGUUGUACCUGGGCAUCCUGGCUCGGUCAGAGGAAUGGGAGAAAUCAAGAGAAAGAGACAGUCUGAUCCGCGCAAUGGCUGGUUUCUUCAUGCAGCUGGGGUUACUCAAAGGAGCAAGACAUCUGAAUGAGAGACUGUUGUCAGAGUUAGAGACCCGAUACAUUGGUAGCCAUGCUACCAUUGUUUAUCAUCACGCCAAGUACGAGUACAAGACCAAGUGCAUUCAUCCUGAUGUUCUGGAGGUGUUGAUCUCACUAGGAACCGUCUCCAUCAAGCUAGGAGACCUGGAUGCAGCACGUAAACAUUUCCACGAGGCUCUGCAGAGACGGAAUAAGAUCAAGACGCCUGAACAGAAGCUCCAGCUGGUGAAAGGGCUGCUGGGCAUGGGGUCUGUGCUGAGUUUGAAGUUGAAAGCAGAUGAAGCCAUUCGCUUCCUGAGACGAGCCGAGGAGGUGGCUACCGAUGUGUUGGGACCUAAGCAUCAUUACGUCGCUGCCAUCAAUGGACAGAUCGGCCAGCUGUACUACAGCCAGAGCAAGCUAGACAACGCCAUGUUACUUCAUCUCUGGGACCUCAAGCUGACCCAGAGUGACGUGGGGCUGAACCACCCCCGCGUGGCUGCCAUCCUGAAUAACUGUGGCUUAGUCCUGGAUGAUAUGAAUGAUAAGAUGUCUGGCGAAGUCUUCCAGGCCGUACUGGGGAUCCUGGUAGGAGCGUAUGGGAAGGAUCAUGUGGAUGUAGCUACAAUCAGGUUUAACCUCGGAUUGUAUUUCAUGGCCUCCAACAUGUACCAACGCGCCAAGUACCAGUUUGACGAGGCCCUGCGUAUAUCUGAGUUGUUCCUGGAGCGGGACCACCCAAACAUACAAGCCACAAAGACGGCCUUGGAGAAACUGGCUGAAUUCAUGCAAUAAUGACCGAUGUAAUUACUAUAGCUGAAGUUAUGCAAUUGACAAUUAUUGUCAUUCAAGUCAGUGAUAAAUCAAAUAACAAGUCACUUCAAAAGUAAUAAUGACAAAGGAAUGCUUUUGUCAAAGUUUAUUUGAGAAUAGCUUGUAAUUUGACUUCUGGCUGGAUGACCAUGAGCGUCGCUAGACCUUUUUAAAUGGAAAGGGAGCCUUGCCUUGCUAAAGACAGAUCUAAUUUACAGAAAUAGAUAAAUAAAUAUUUUAUUAAUUUUUUUCUUGUUUUUACUAUAUCAUACUACAUUUAAGUAUACAUAGUGAAUCAUGUUGUAUUGUUUUGUUUUUUCCACACAGGCCACUUUUAUGCAGCCUGUAUCUUUAAUUCCUCACUUAAUCAUUCGUCACGUAAUGUUUUGAUUUAAAUAAUUAAUGGAUUUUUUUUUUUAACAAAAUAGUGAUUUUUUUUUUUUUUUUUGAAAUUAAUUGUUAUUGUAAAUCUGAGAGUCAGCUUGCAUGCAAUAAAAAUAGUAAAAGUGAUAACUGGUUUGGUUUUACUGCAUUUGACGUUAGUACUUUUGGACUUGAAAUUGUAAAAAAAAAAAAAAGGCCGACAUGAAAAAUGCAAAUGAUCAGAUUGGAUUUCAAGCAAGCAUAUCUUGAGUAAGUUGGAAAGAAAGGGGUUCUUCAUUUUGUUUUAUUUUGGUUUUUGUGGAAUUUAGAACAUCAGCUGUCGCUGUUAUAUAAACGUGGAUGUAUACAAGGCAUCAUUUGUAUCGCCAAUGCAUUUUGUAGUACGCAUUAAAGAGGUUUUUUUAUUUUAAAAAAGGAGGGUUUUGUUGAGGCUGGGUUGCAAGAAAAUUAAUAUUUUAUUUUACAAUUAUAUUUUGAAGUUACACCUCAAAGUGCAAGAGCAAAAUCCGUGCAAAACAACAGUAAAGACAUUUUAUAGAGAGUUUAUUUUAUAUUAAUCAAAUCUGUAUCUCUAAAACUGACACAAUACAUAUAUUGUAAUAGUUUUUAUAUUACUUUUCAUCUACUUAACUUAAUUGUUUGAUUGCAAAGCAGUAGAAAAAUUAAAUAAACAGAAUCUGAAUAAUAAA